AUGAGCCUUCGCAUACGUGCCGAAAAAUUCCGCGGCCACCCUAGAAAGCGGUGGGUAUCGCGGUUUCGUGCCACGAGGGUUAGUUGGGCACGCGCCCUGUGCUCAUUCUUUUUCUUGAUGAGAAUUAUGACGGAUAGCGCUUCCACACAAGAUCGACCGACGUAUCCCUGGUGGGGGAACGUCGACUCUUAA